AAAUCAAUAAAACACACUAACCCUCUUCUCCAUAAAAUGGCAGCUCCCGGACGAAAAAUUAACUUUGCUGCUGGUCCAGCAAAGCUUCCUGAAGAAGUUUUACUUAAAAUGCAAGAAGAACAACUCAAUUUCAAUAAUCUAGGAGUCAGUGUCAUUGAAAUGUCGCAUAGAUCGAAGGAAUUCGGAGCUCUUCUCAAUGAAACUAUCAGUCUUAUUCGGGAACUUAUGAACGUACCAGACAACUUUGAAAUUCUUUUCAUGCAAGGCGGCGGAACCGGUCAAUUCGCCGCUAUUCCUCUCAAUCUUAAGGGUGAUCAUGAACACGCGGACUACAUUGUGACAGGCGCGUGGUCUUCAAAAGCAGCAGAUGAGGCUGGAAAAUAUAUCAAUGUGAAGAAGGUUUUUCAACCAUCAAAACCGUAUGUCACUGUACCAGAUCAAGAGAAUUGGGUUCACGAUGAAAAAGCCGCAUAUCUGUAUUAUUGUGCCAAUGAGACUGUACAUGGAAUUGAAUUUACUCCAACUGCUCCAGAAUCACAUAAUGUUCCAUUGGUGGCUGAUGUUUCUUCGAAUUUCAUGGCUAGACCAUUUGAUUUUAAAGAUCACGGAGUGGUUUUCGGUGGAGCUCAGAAAAACCUUGGCGCCGCUGGUCUUACAAUCGUUAUUGUUCGGAAAGAUCUUAUCGGAAAGCAACAAGCAAUCACUCCAUCUGUCUUCAGUUAUAAAGAAAUGAUUGCAAAUAAUAGUUUGUAUAAUACACCACCAACUGGAGGUAUCUACACAACAAAUCUCGUUCUCAAAUGGAUAAAAUCAAAAGGUGGACUUCAAGCAAUCUAUGAGCUAAACCUUCAAAAAUCUGGAAUGAUUUAUGAUAUAAUUGAUAAUUCAAAUGGUUUUUAUCACUGCGCCGUUGACAAACGCUACCGUAGUAUUAUGAAUGUUUGCUUCCGAAUUGGCGGUCCAUCUGGAAACGAUGAACUUGAGGAGAAGUUCUUGAAAGGAUCUAUUGAACGAAAUAUGAUUAGUUUAAAGGGACAUAGAUCAGUUGGUGGAAUCCGUGCAUCGCUCUAUAAUGCCAUCUCAGUCGAGGAGACACAAGUACUUGCCACGUGGAUGAAUGAGUUCCAGAAACUCCAUAAUACUAACUAGUCGGGAGACACUAUAUUUUUCUUGUAUUCUUAUUCUGAAUUUGUCUGUGAUUUUUAAAAACCUUCAUGUGCCUUUUUGAUUGUUUGUAUUUGAAUUUUUAAAGUGAUUUUAAGAACCAAUAAAUAAUGGUUAAC